GUGUGAGAUUCUACUUUCCAAUCUGCACAAGAUCUUUUCUUUAGAUUCAUGUACGUCUGAGAAGUGUUGUUUAUACAUAGAAAGGUCUGUUCAGACACUGUUCAGCAGAUCACUGCUCCGGCACUGACCACAGAGAGAGUGGGUAACUCAGCUCACUGUUAUUAACAGCCCUCUUCCCACCCACCAUUCACCCACACUGGAACCUGAUCAGUGUCACUCUCUCCGACUCCCGGUCCGGUUCUUUCAGCCUGGAACAGCACAGACAAGUGUGGCGUUAACAAAAUGGACGUGUUGGCCGCUCCUGCAGACAGGCGUAAAGGAUGGUACCUUUCCCUGAUGGCACCCAACACAAAAGGACCAAUGUUUGCCUGGUUGGAUCCGUCCAGAAUCUACUGCAACUCCCUGGCUCUUGCAGACUGUGUCUCAGACCUUCUCAGCCCAUUCCACAGUGACACCAUUGACCUGGUUGCUGGGAUAGAUGCAAUGGGAUUCAUUCUCGGAGCGUCCGUCGCCACCACUCUUGGGAAAGGUUUCCUGGCCAUUCGUAAAGCAGGACACCUGUGUGUAGCAACCCAGAACCAAACCUACUCCGACUACACAGGCAGAGAAAAGAAUAUGGAAAUAAGACUGGACGUCAUAAAACCAGGAAUGAGGGUGUUGUUAGUGGACCAAUGGAUCGAGACCGGUGGUACAAUGAAGGCGGCCAUUCAGCUGGUGGAGAGGCUGGGAGCCACUGUUGUAGGUGUAGCAGCCGUGGCUAUAGAAAACACUGAGGGGGGGAAGUGGAUUAAAGAAAAUUACAAAUUCUCUCACUGCAUCCCUGAAGAGCUGCAGAGCCAAGUCGAUCAGAAAUAUCUUGAAUCUUUCAAAAGCUUCAACAGGUGAACUAGUAGAUAUGACUUCACAUAAGACUGAGAUAUAUAUAUAUAUGACAGAGGAAAUAGUUUUAUCUGCAAGAUGUAUUUAUUAUUAAAAAAAAUAGUAAGAGUCCUGUUUAUUAUGAGAUCUUUUGAAUAACAAGCUGCACUGUGAUGUUUAGUAAAUAACAGUUUUAAUCAGAAUACACGUUAUUCUCUUUGAUGGUGAUGAUUUGAUUUAUUUUCCCUUUUUAAUACCUUUAUAUGACAUUUAAUGAGGAUUUUUUUAAAGAAAAUAAAUGGUUAAACAUGAA